AUGUCCGACACUAAACCCAACGCCGCCCGUGCUAUCGUCUCGCGCGGGCCGCUUUCAAAAGGCCUGUGGAAGAUGGAGGAUGUGACGAUCCGCGAACCGGGGGAUGAUGAAGUUGUGGUAAGGGUUGUGGCGAGCGGGGUCUGUAGUACGGAUGUGCAUUUUGGGAAUGUGAAGGAGGGGGAGUGGGGAGCGUGCUAUCCGUGUGUUAAGGGGCACGAAGGCUCCGGCAUCGUCGAACGCACCGGCUCCUCCGUCACGACCUGCACCCCGGGCGACCCGGUCCUCCUCUCCUUCUCCUCCUGCACUACCUGCGCCCUCUGCACCUCCGGCCAUCCCGUCUACUGCCCGGAGUUCAACGAGAUCAACUUCCUCGGCCGCCCUGUCUUCUCUCCAGCGUCUACUUCCAACUCCCCGGAAGUAACACCAACCAUCCGAGGCUCCUUCUUCGGCCAAUCCAGCUUCGCGUCCCGCACUGUGGUCCGCGAGAUGAGCGUUGUUAACGUAAAGGGGCUCGUGAGUGAGGAUGAGGGGGUUAGGCUGGAGGAGUUGAGGUUGCUGGCGCCGCUGGGGUGUGGGAUCCAGACCGGGUGGGGGACGAUUAAGAAAGUUGCGGGAGCGGGGGAGGAGGAUGUGGUGUGUGUGGUUGGUUUGGGGGGUGUGGGGUUGAGUGGGAUUAUGGCCGCCAAAGCUCUCGGUUGCAAAGUCAUCAUCGGUAUCGAUGUUCUCCCAUCCCGCCUCUCCCUCGCCACCGACCUGGGCGCAACCCACACCCUCCUCUCCCCCUCUGCCUCCUCUCCUCUCCCCCUCGCUACCCUCAUCUCGUCCGUCCGCGCCCUCACCCCCUCCUCCCUCGGCCCCACCAUCACACUAGACACGACCGGCAUCCCCGCCCUGAUCCGUACCGCCAUCGCCUUCACCGCCCCGCGCGGCAAGAUCCUGCAAGUAGGCACCGCGCCCCCCUCCACGGUGCUCGACCUGCCCAUCUUCGAGUUCAUGGUCCAGGGGAAGCAGUAUAUUGGCGCUAUUGAAGGAGACUCGGUGGCGCGGGAGAGUGUGGCGGAGUUGGUGGGGGAAUGGAGGGCGGGACGGUUGGGGUUGGAGAAUAUCGUGGAGUAUUUUGGGGCGGAGGGGUGGGAGAACGCGGUGGAGGGGAUGAGGGGGGGUGGGGUUGUGAAGCCGGUGCUUGUGUGGUGA